CGGUUUCUUUGGAGCUGUUAGUCAGGCAACCUUCUGGACACUCCAAUUGCGAGGUCCUCACGACCUUCUCAGCCGCCUCAGCCUUGGUCCAGAGAGGACCCGGCAUCGAAUCACUGACAGGCCCAGGUGUUGGGAAAAUGAUCCACAGUCUAUUUCUCAUAAACUGUUCUGGUGACAUAUUCCUGGAGAAGCACUGGAAAAGUGUUGUGAGCCAGUCUGUCUGUGAUUAUUUCUUUGAAGCUCAAGAGAAAGCUGCUGAUGUUGAAAAUGUACCACCUGUCAUUUCAACACCUCACCACUACCUCAUUAGUAUCUACAGGGAUAAGCUCUUCUUUGUGUCUGUAAUACAGACUGAAGUGCCACCUCUCUUUGUAAUAGAGUUCCUACAUCGAGUUGCUGACACUUUCCAGGACUACUUUGGUGAGUGUUCAGAGGCUGCAAUUAAGGAUAAUGUGGUCAUAGUUUAUGAACUUUUAGAAGAAAUGUUAGACAAUGGAUUUCCUCUGGCUACUGAAUCCAACAUUUUGAAGGAACUGAUUAAACCACCAACAAUUCUACGUUCUGUCGUCAACUCUAUUACAGGAAGUAGUAAUGUUGGGGACACACUCCCCACUGGACAGCUAUCCAACAUACCAUGGCGCCGUGCAGGGGUAAAAUAUACCAACAAUGAAGCCUAUUUUGAUGUUGUUGAAGAAAUAGAUGCAAUUAUAGAUAAAUCAGGAUCUACAGUCUUUGCAGAAAUUCAGGGGGUCAUAGAUGCUUGCAUUAAAUUGUCUGGAAUGCCUGACCUUUCUCUUUCUUUCAUGAAUCCAAGGCUGCUAGAUGAUGUCAGCUUCCAUCCCUGUGUUCGGUUCAAACGCUGGGAAUCUGAGAGAGUUUUGUCAUUUAUUCCUCCAGAUGGGAAUUUCCGACUCAUAUCAUAUCGUGUCAGCUCACAAAAUCUAGUGGCAAUACCAGUGUACGUGAAACACAGCAUCAGCUUUAAGGAGAACAGUUCUUGUGGCAGAUUUGACAUUACAAUUGGACCAAAGCAGAAUAUGGGGAAAACUGUCGAAGGAAUCACAGUGACAGUUCACAUGCCUAAAGUUGUGCUGAAUAUGAACCUAACACCAACACAAGGCAGCUAUACGUUUGACCCAGUUACUAAGGUAAUGACAUGGGAUGUGGGAAAAAUUACUCCACAAAAGCUCCCAAGUCUUAAAGGACUGGUGAAUUUACAAUCUGGAGCACCCAGGCCAGAAGAGAAUCCAAGCCUCAACAUACAGUUCAAGAUCCAGCAGCUCGCUAUUUCAGGCUUGAAGGUAAACCGCUUGGACAUGUAUGGAGAGAAAUAUAAGCCAUUUAAAGGAGUCAAAUAUAUUACAAAAGCUGGAAAGUUCCAAGUGAGAACAUGAGAAGAGGCCAAAACUCCUCAAGAUCUGUUUGUUUUCCAAGUGUCAUUCCAGUUUAUUACUAUUAAGUACCAAGUGGGUGGGAAUACAUGAUCUAGUUAAAACAUUUGAGUCAGCUGCACAAUGCUAGCAAAGCUGCUUAGUAAUCAGUGUGUGUGGUUCUUAAGGAGCUUUAAGCUAAGGAGACUUUUCAAUAACUUAGCUUACUUUGUAUCUUUUCACCGAGAAAGAUGAUUUCCUCCACAGCUGGAGGGUCCCAGCUGGAGGCUGCAUAUUUUAACUGUAAAGGCUGAACAUUACAGUUGUAACCUCUCUCCAAAAGCAAGUGAACUGUUCUCACCCAGCAGGAACUGUUUUAAUCUGUAAUGCAAUGUGCGGGUGCAGUCGAAUGUCACACCUGAUAUUAACGAUCCCUGAUCAAUAUUUGUCCCAAUAGAGGAAAUACCCUCCACCCAAGAAGUUUACAAAAAACUGCCUCUUCAAGUGUUUGCCUUAUUCAGCUUUUCACUUGUGCCAUUAAGCAAGCACUGUAGCAAAAGCCACUUCUACAUGGCCCACGCAGGGAGCAUUACUGCUCCAUGCUUCAUUCUCACUGUACUUGGUAUUUGGUAUUGUAUUUUUUUAUAAAUAAGAUUUUUAUGUAAAGCUCAGACUUUGAUUUACAAGGACUUUGCUGGAUUAAGUACCAUCUCAGUUUUGUGCCACUGGUUCUGCUAUUCACAGUAAAAGAUAAUUUGUAUCAAAGGGGGUGAAUGCUUUAUUAAGGUAAUAAAAGGGAACAUUACUUCUGCUUUUAGGAAGUUAUUGCAAGCACAAGCAUAUGGGACUUUAAAGUAGUAAAAGAGAAAUUCAAGUGGAAAAGAUGCCUUCCUCACACUCUUUUUAAAUUGCCUACCUUUUGUUGUUGUUGUUGAAUUUAUGUACAUAUUCAUUAGUGGGAGGGAAAGAACCAGAGUAGUAUUAGGGCACAUGCAGUGCUGGGGGUUGAACUGGGGACUUCACACUAGAGGGUCAAAUGUUUUAGCCACUACACACCUCUAGGCUUGUUGAUCUCCUUUUUGUUGAUCUUAAAAACUGCAUUGCCUGCAUCUCUUGACUUUAGAAGAAUUCUCAUUCCAUAUUAUAUGCUUCCCAUAUUGAGUCAGUAAAUUCCUCCUUGAGACUAUUGACAUAGUUAAUAGUUAUCAACUGGAAUACUUACAUUUCUCUACUGGACCUCAUUUGGGGGUGAGAGUGUUUUUCAGACUCUCAUCUUGCUGAGAUGAGAAGUUGUUCCCACGUGCCAACUACUGUAAACCAUUUACCUCCUAAUAAAAAAAUAGAGAUAAAAUUUCUCUACUGUACUAGCAGAACACAGUAGAAGCAGCUUAUAUUGAAGCCAAAACAAAAUUGCCAGUAACUUUGAUGACACCUGUUGACGAUCAUGAUUGCAGUUCAGUGUAUAGUUGUCUUGUUUCAUUCAGAUUCAUUGUCUUAUUCAUUGUCUUAAUAGUCCUUGUCAGUUAUUUUGCUUCAUUAGACUUGAAUACAGAAAGACUGUAAGUUAAAAUAUAAAUGCUUGUUCACGAUC